AUGACUCUCUUUCUUUCCUUCAAUACCCUUCUAUCUCUUUUUCUCUCUACUAUUCUGCUUCAUUGUGAUGCCUUCCCAGUCCAUUACAAUCACCCCUUGCACCCUCGCCACCCUCGAUUUGCCACUCAUAACUACAGAGAUGCUCUCACCAAAUCUAUUAUUUUCUUUGAAGGCCAGAGGUCAGGGAAGCUUCCUUCUAAUCAGAGAAUGUCUUGGAGAAGGGACUCUGGUCUCUCUGAUGGCUCAGCUAUGCAUGUUGAUUUGGUUGGAGGGUACUAUGAUGCUGGGGACAAUAUCAAGUUUGGUUUUCCUAUGGCCUUUACCACCACUAUGCUUUCAUGGAGCGUUAUUGAGUUUGGUGGGUUAAUGAAAGGUGAGUUGCAGAAUGCCAGAGAGGCCAUUCGUUGGGCUACUGAUUAUCUUCUCAAAGCUACUGCACAUCCAAACACCAUUUAUGUUCAGGUGGGAGAUGCUAAGAAGGACCAUGCCUGUUGGGAGAGACCUGAGGACAUGGACACACCAAGAAGUGUCUUUAAGAUAGAUGCAAACACACCUGGUUCAGAAGUUGCUGCUGAAACUGCUGCAGCUCUUGCAGCUGCUUCUCUGGUUUUCAGAAGAAGUGACCCCUUAUACUCCAAAACUCUAGUCGCGAGGGCUAUCAGGGUCUUCCAGUUUGCUGAUAAAUACAGGGGAUCCUACAGCAAUGCCUUGAAGCCCAUUGUGUGCCCUUUCUAUUGUUCUUACUCUGGUUAUCAGGAUGAGUUGUUGUGGGGUGCUGCUUGGCUGCACAAGGCUACCAAGAAUCCAAUGUACCUAAACUACAUUCAAGUUAACGGCCAGAUCCUUGGUGCUGCAGAGUUUGACAACACUUUUGGGUGGGAUAACAAGCACGUUGGAGCAAGGAUACUACUUUCGAAGGAAUUUCUUGUUCAAAAGGUACAAUCUCUCCAUGACUACAAGGGUCAUUCGGAUAGCUUUGUCUGUUCUCUAAUUCCCGGGGACUCUUCUGCCCAAUAUACCCCAGGUGGGCUUCUGUUUAAGAUGAGCGAUAGCAACAUGCAGUAUGUCACGUCCACCUCCUUCUUACUGUUAACAUAUGCCAAAUACUUAACCUCAUCCCAUAUGGUUGUGAACUGUGGUGGAACCACAUUAACCCCAAAGAGGCUCCGUACAAUAGCCAAGAAACAGGUGGAUUACUUGCUAGGAGACAACCCUUUGAAGAUGUCCUACAUGGUGGGGUAUGGUCCAAGGUACCCACGAAGGAUACACCACAGAGGCUCAUCUCUUCCGUCCGUUUCUGUGCACCCUGGAAAGAUCCAAUGCUCAGCAGGCUUCGGUGUGAUGAAUUCGCAAUCUCCCAACCCCAACAUUCUAGUGGGUGCCGUUGUUGGUGGACCGGACCUGCAUGAUAGGUUCCCAGAUGAACGGUCAGAUUAUGAGCAAUCAGAGCCAGCUACAUAUAUUAACGCACCCCUUGUUGGAACACUAGCUUAUCUUGCACACUCAUUUGGUCAACUUUAG